GACCGGAAUAAAACAUCGGAUUUCUCUGGGUUAGAAACAAGUGAGUUGUGCACUUACGAGGAUGUGUGAGUGAGCCGGCCAGCCCCCCCCCGCCGCCAUGCAGCUGAACGAGAGUGGGGUUCAGACGCCGGGUCCGGAGCAGUGCGAACAGGGGCGGCUCCAACGGCAGGAGGCGGGCGCGGACGUCGCCAACUGUAGCGGCGGUCCGUCGGCCAACCUGUCGCUGCACUGCUGGCUGGAGCUGCUCACCAGGGAGUCCCUCGCGGAGCUGCAGGGCGACGGCUCCAGCAUGGCGCUCCGCGUGCUCAUCGCCUGCGUCUACUCGGUGGUGUUCGCGCUGGGGCUGGUGGGCAACUCGCUGGCGCUCUACAUGCUGCACUCGCGCCACCGGCAGAAGCAGUCGUCCAUCAACUGCUUUGUGAUGGGGCUGGCCGUCACCGACCUGCAGUUCGUGCUCACGCUGCCCUUCUGGGCCGUGGACACGGCGCUGGACUUCCGCUGGCCCUUCGGCCAGGUGAUGUGCAAGAUCGUCAGCUCCGUCACCACCAUGAACAUGUACGCCAGCGUCUUCUUCCUCACCGCCAUGAGCGCCGCGCGCUACUACUCCAUCUCCUCGGCGCUCAAGAUGCACAGCCGGCGGGCGGCGGCCACGCGCGCCAAGUGGACCAGCCUGGGCAUCUGGGCCGUGUCCCUGCUGGCCACGCUGCCGCACGCCGUCUACUCCACCACCGCCACCAUGAUGUCGGACGAGGAGCUCUGCCUGCUGCGCUUCCCCGACGCGGGCCGCUGGGACCCCCAGGUGCUGCUGGGGCUGUACCAGCUGCAGAAGGUGCUGCUGGGCUUCCUGCUGCCACUGGCCACCAUCACGGCCUGCUACCUGCUGCUGCUGCGCUCCGUGCUGGGCAGCCGCGUGGCGGGCUCCUCCGGGGGCCCCGAGGCGCAGCAGUGCCGCCACAAGCGGCGCUCCAAGGUCACCAAGUCGGUGGCCAUCGUGGUGCUGGCCUUCUUCCUGUGCUGGCUGCCCAACCAGGCGCUGACCCUGUGGGCCGUGCUCAUCAAGUUCGACCUGGUGCACUUCAGCAAGGCCUUCUACAACGCCCAGGCCUACGCCUUCCCGCUGACGGUGUGCCUGGCCUACACCAACAGCAGCCUGAACCCCGUGCUCUACUGCCUGGUGCGGCAGGAGUUCCGGGCGGGGCUGAAGGAGCUCCUCCUCCGGGCCACGCCCUCCUUCAGCAGCCUGGCUCAGAGGCUGCCCCGCCGGGCCAGGGUGGCUGAGGCGCCCCCUGGCCUGGUGCUGGUGCAGAUGCAGGUCUGA